ACAGAAGACAUUAGAAUGCCACGGAUUUUGUUGUUCUUAGUUAUAUAUUACAAUUCAGAAGAUCAGCCAAGUAAAUUAAAGCUUUCCACAUCUAUCGAAAAUGUAAAAAAAAGGGUCUAGCCAUCAACGGCUAUUUAGCUUUAGCAACAUUCAAACGAAAAACAUAUACCAGAAGUCAGAGGGAUCUGCAGUCGAUACCAUUCAAGUCAAGAAUGAAUAAAUCAUCAACUCGACGAAUAUAAAACCACUUAGAAGAUCAAUUUAACAAGUGAGAUACUGAAUUAGUGGUCUGCUUCCUCAUUGCAUAAAAUGAAGCUACCUCCCCUGACUAUUAAAACACUAUUCCGGUUCGAAACCGACACAUACACAUGAUGGAUUGCUUACCCCAGUUGAAGACGUUUCGUUUUAUGAGAAAGUUUUGAAUUUUGAAUAUCUUGUUAGUUUUGGUGGGAAAAGAAAACAUUUGUGCGGAAGUAUAACAUUGGCAAAAAAUGCCUCAAGACGGCUUAGAUUGAACCGGAAGUAAAGAUUUGACUUUAUUUUUCCUGAUUUCCAAAGUGAACUUUAUAUAUGCUUCGGAGGAUAUGAUUGGCUCGUGAAGGAAUUAGCUAAACGAAUAUUAGGGAAAAAAUUACGGCCUGUGACAUGGGCUUGAAAUAACAUUGGAGUCAAUAAGGGUGCAAUAAUGGCGUACUUCUGGCAACAAUAAAAGGUUUGGACGUUUGGUUUUAGACUUCAAAUGAAAAUAUCUGCCUUACAACUACUUAGAGGCUCCAACUGAAAAGAGAUGCUUUGUGUCAAUGUCAGAUUUUGGGAGUCAAUCCAGUUGAAUAGAAUUGAGGAUGUGAGGUUAUUUCUUCAACAGAUGCCAAACACUGCAGUGGCCAAAAACAAAUUCCGUAAAGAGGGCUGCAAACAGGCUCUACAACUGCGAAAUUUGGUCCUCACACAAUUGUUAUACACCAACGAAUUGAUUUACAACAGAACAGAACGUCUGGACACACGUAAUAAUAUAGAACUGUUAUCCAGUGCCAUUGAAUCAGAUUUUGUGGAGGGGUUCAAAUUUCUACUGAAUUGUGGAUUAUCUUUCGAAUGUGGAUUUUGGUCUGCGUUGUUUGAAGCUGUUGUCACAGAGAAAAUACAAAUAUUAAAAUAUUUAAUAUCAUUUCCAGUUCUAUGCGUCAAUUCGAAAUUUCAUGAAACUAUUCUUACAGUGGCUUGUAAGAAAGGUAACUUGGAAAUAGUUUCAAUUUUGUUGAAGCAUCAACAAGUCAAGGAUGUAAUAAAUUGCGUCUCACUUCGCUCGGGUCUUUCAGCUUUGCAUUUAUGUAUAGAUUGGUUCAAAUGUGAGACCACGUGUCUUUUGUUUGUAAUGGCGUUAGUUGAAGCAGGGGCUGAUGUAAAUAUUGUAUCCAGUGCACUCAUACCCGCUUUGUGUAGUGCGGCAAGUAGGGGAUUUAUGUCGGUAUUGGCAUAUUUAAUGGAUCAUGGGGCUGAUGUUUCGGUCGUAGAUCUGAAUCUAGAUACAGUUCUUCACCAAAUUGUCACCAAACCAAACGCCAUUUUGUUUGUACAGAAAUUAAUCAAAUCUGGACUAGAAAUAAAUUUACAAAAUAAAUUCGGCGAAACUCCAUUACAUUUAGCUACCAAAUAUAAAAAUGAGUGUAUUGUGGAUAUGCUAUUGAAAACACACGGCUGCGGUGUGGAUUUAUCCGAUAAGAUGGGAAUCACCCCACUGAUGUUGGCCGUAGAACAAAAUGAGAUCGGCUUUAUCAAACUUCUAUCCCAGCAUGGCGCUGAUGUCAACAAGCAAGAUAUUUUCGGGGAAUCCUCAUUACACCGAUUAAUACAAAAUGGCAAUAAAAGUGUUGUUGAUGUUUUAUUGAGUUCCCGUGCGUGUGAUAUAAAUUUAUCAGAUAAGUGGGGAAUCACGCCAUUUAUGUUCGCUAUAGAACAAAACGAGACCCAAAUUGCCAAACUUCUGCACCAACAUGGCGCUAAUAUCAAUAAACAAAAUAUCUGUGGGAGGUCACCACUACACUUAGCAAUACGAUAUGGCAAUAAAAGUGUUGUUGAUGUUUUAUUGAAAGCUCAUGGUUGUGUUGUGAAUUUAUCAGAUGGGUUGGGAAUUACACCAUUUAUGUUGGCUGUAGAACAAAAUGAGACCCAAAUCGCCAAACUCCUAUUCCAACAUGGCGUUGAUGUCAAUAAGCAAGAUAUUCUCGGGAAAUCCCCGCUACACCGAGCAAUACAAAAUGGCAAUAAAAUUAUUGUUGAUGAUUUAUUGAAAGCUCAUGGCUGUGAUGUGAAUUUAUCAGAUGGCGAGGGAAUUACACCAAUUAUGUUGGCUGUAGAACAAAAUAAGACCCAAAUCGCCAAACUCCUAUUCCAACAUGGCGUUGAUGUCAAUAAGCAAGAUACUUUCGGGAAAUCCCCGCUACACCGAGCAAUACAAAAUGGCAAUAAAAUUAUUGUUGAUGAUUUAUUGAAAGCUCAUGGCUGUGAUGUGAAUUUAUCAGAUGGCGAGGGAAUUACACCAGUUAUGUUGGCUGUAGAACAAAAUGAGACCCAAAUCGCCAAACUCCUAUUCCAACAUGGCGUUGAUGUCAAUAAGCAAGAUACUUUCGGGAAAUCCCCGCUACACCGAGCAAUACAAAAUGGCAAUAAAAUUAUUGUUGAUGAUUUAUUGAAAGCUUAUGGCUGUGAUGUAAAUUUAUCAGAUGGCAAGGGGAUCACGCCAUUGAUUUUAGCUGUAGAACAAAAUGAGACCCAAAUCGCCAAAUGUCUACAUCAACAUGGCGCUAAUAUCAAUAAGCAAGAUAUCAACGGGAGAUCCCCGCUACACCGAGCAAUACAAAAUGGCAAUAAAAGUAUUGUUAGUGUUUUGUUAGAGAUACAUGGCUGCGACGUGAAUUUAUUUGAUAACCAAAACAUAUCCCCGUUAAUGUCGGCUGUCAAAAACAAAAACCUAGAACUCAUUAAAUGUCUUUGUCAACAUGAAGCUGACAUCAAUAAACAAGAUAGUCUCGGUAGAUCUGCUAUUUAUUACGCUUUUCCCAAUCAUAGAUUUUGCUUUUCCUUCUAUGAUACAGGGAACGAAAUCGAAAUAAUGAAGUUAUUGGAAAGCUUUGGUGCGGAAUUUAGAACACAAAACCGUGGCAACGAAUUAGUCAAAAACAUAUUGAGAGCUUCAGGAUUUGGAUAUUUUCAGCAUUUAGUUGAUUCCAGUAAGAUUGACUUCGAUGAUAUUGAUGAAAAUGGUGAUAACAUUUUACAUGUGUUGGCCAGGGUGCGAGAUUUACCUACUACUUCUUUAGACGUCUUUCUGAAUGGUGAAGGCGUUGAUAUAAACCUUAAAAACUCUACUGGUAACACACCAUUAAUGGUUGCAGCUGUUUUGAACAACGUUCCUUACAUGAAGAUUUUGGUGGAUCACGGCUGUAAGUUAGAUAUAAAUAAUUGUUAUGGGCAUACUGUUUUACAUCUGUGUGUUUUAGGACUUGUAAACCUGGUUUUUCAUGACUUUGAAGAAUCUGAACUGAAUCUCGAAUGUCUGGACGUUGUAUUAUGUAAAGCUAUAGAUGUUAAUGUACACGAUCUUGCUGGGAUGACAGCCUUAAUGAUCGCUGCUCAACUUGGAGAAUAUAACUUUGUGAAAAAGCUCCUCACAGCUGGUGGAGAUAUUAAGAUAUUAGAUAAAACUGGAAAGCCCAUAUCUGGUAUUGACUUCUAUUCCGUACCAGAUCUUAAGUUGUCUAAGUCCAUUAUGCGAAGUUGUGGAGUGGACACAACAGAUAGAAUGGGACUGUCUAUGAUGGAUUUGGCCGGGGAAUUUAUUGAACGCAAUCAGUUUCCGAAUGCCCUUGUUCUGAUUUCCUACCUAGUGGCUGCGAACUAUCACUUGAAGAAUACACACGACAGACAUUAUUUCUACGAGGCCAAGGAAUCCACUAGAAUUAUUGAUCUUUGGAAACUGUUAUAUGAAAGUGGGGCUGCCAGGGUUGACAUUGUUUCUAAAUUAAAUUUCAUACCAGUUGAGGACGAAGACCAACCAUUGUCAAUAGAAUCAGAAUUUCAUUCAUUUUGUAAUAACUUAUCAUUAAGAUCAAUGUGUAGGAGAAUUAUAAGGCAACGUUUGGGGUCAAACAUAAAGGAAAGGGUUACACUGCUGAAGCUACCAAUGAUGGUGCAGAAUUUUCUUCUAUUAAAAUGUUCCGUAGCAGACAAAUAUUUCAGCCUAGAAACAGAUGAUGACGACGAGGAUGGUGAUGAUAAUGAUGAUGAUGGCGGCGGUGGUGAUGAUUUAGAAUACAACUGGGAAAGCUUUAGUCUGAGCGAUUUCUGUGAAGAGGACUAUUAUGAUAUUGACCAGUAGUCCAUGUGACAGGUCAAUUUUCAUUACCAAUUUGAUGAAUAGAUUUAACUAUGAUUUUAGGUCUAAAGUGUCCACAAUUGAUUGAUCGAAUUCCGGAUCAGUUUACCAAAAUCUUGUUCAGACCCAUAUAAGCCAAAUUUUCUAUUUGGUCAACUAAAGUAAUUUACAAGAUAUCAGAAUCAUUGAUCAUAAAAAAAUAAUCUCUAAUAUGAGUGUCCCAAAUUCAAGAUGGCAAAAAUUCAAAAUGGCGACCAAAUUUUCUAAUAUAUUUAUGAUAUAUUCAGUUGUUAAGAAUUUUAAGUUCUCCUAUUCGUUCAGAAAUGGUAAUGUGGUCAGUUUUUACAUCGAAGACUCUAUGCCCGGCAACAAUUGUCGCAUAAUCUAGAUAGGGUAUCCACAAGUCUGGAAUAAAUUUUCAGAAAGCUGAACUCAACUGUUCUAGCAUGCUAUUUGCUUAUCAAAAUACCAAAAGUCUUUCAAAAUCGGAUUUGCGACUCUAGGCAAAAAUCGAUAUUCAAUCCAAGAUGGUUGACGAUGGUUGAUAGAGCAUCAUCCUCCUCCUCAUUAUCCCCUCCAUCUGUAUUAAUAUCGGGUUUGGUGCUAUUAACACAACUACCGGUGCAGGAGAAUCCAUAUCUUCGACACCCACACCUCAUACUGGCACAGUAUGUGGUGCAGUUACAGUGUACUAUCACUCGUCACAUCAGUCAGUUAUAUAGAGGUAUGACUCGUGUUUUCCUUUGGCGUUCGUCACUACCGAUUCAGGAAACCUGUAUUACUCAGCUAUCGUAGCAAUGAUCUCUGUGUUAAAAUUAUAUUUGGAAUGUGUUUAACCAGCUCUAUCACACAUGUGAUAAUGACUGGCACCAAUAUUGUCCUUUAAGGGCUGUAGAAAAUAUGAUUUUUAUAUAAUUACAUUUCAUUUUACGAUAUCUAAUGGAUUAAACCUGUCUAAUACAUAUUUGUUAAUCUGAUUAGAUAUUUGAGCAAAAUAAUUUGAAGUACCUGUUA